UCGAUUAGUUGAAGUUUCGUUGAAGACAAGAAAAAACAAACUCUCGUAUCGCAAUGGCUGGACAAAAUCUGAUCGGUUCCAUUCCGGAGUUCUACGGUUCGGUCGAUGACUGGAACGUGUACCAGGAGCGGUUGGAACAGUUUUUCGAGGUGAAUGAUAUCGCCGAAACGAAACGGGUAGCCCUGCUGAUCAGUGUCAUCGGUGGUGAAUCGUACAAAACCCUGCGAGAUUUGUGCCAUCCGGUGUUGCCCAAGAAUAAGACCUUCGAUGAGUUGUGCACCCUCCUGCGGAAACAGUACACCCCACAAGUGGCCAUCUUCCGGGAGCGAACGAACUUUUACAACAGCCGCCAAGAACCGCACGAAAACGUGACUCAGUGGUAUGGGCGGUUGAAGAAACUGUCGGUGGACUGCAAGUUCGGCGAGAAUCUGGAAGCGAUUCUGCUGGACAAGUUUGUGACCGGGCUGAGGAGUGGGCAAAUUAUGGACCGGCUGUGUGAGGAAAACGAAUCGCUUAAGCUUGAACUGGCUCUGGAGCUGGCCGUGAACAAAGAGUGCGCUAUCAAUGCAUCGAGUUAAAAUGUGAUAGGGGGAGGGGAUUAUAGUGAGUGGAUGAAUGUUGCGAGGAACGAUAAGAGAGGAUUGAAGAGCUUUAAGUAUUAAUCGUAGAAAUGUGUGCAAGAGUGUAUUUAUUACCUUAGCAUCUAAGGUCACCGCAGUUAGAUAAGAAGCUUAAUUAUCUAGAGAUGUCGUAAAAUAAAUCAAACAACAUGAAGCGAAACGAAA